AUGAGUAUCAACUCUCUCACGUUCAACCAGGAUUUCACUGGGAUCGGAGUUGCGACAAGCAAAGGGAUACGAAUAUAUCAUACAGAGCCUUUUACGACGUCGUAUACAAGCCAAGAUGGCGAUAUCUCGCUGAUGGAAAUGCUCUAUCUCUCCACCCUUGUGGCCAUGGUCCCAGCACCAAGACUAUUGCGUUUGGUCAACAUCAAGCGUGGCACCACCAUCGUUGAACUCACUUUUCCGUCCAAGAUACUGGGCUUGCGCAUGAAUAGAAACCGCCUUGCUGUUAUUUUGGAACAAAACAUUCACAUCUACGAUAUCGGGAACAUUAAGGCCCUCUACACCAUUGACACACCUCCGAAUCCCUUGGCACUUUGCGCACUCUCGCCGGACAAGGACAAGAGCAUUCUCGCGUAUCCAUGCCCUUUGCAGCAAACGCCCCUGCCUGCAUCCGUGUCGACACCGUCACAUGUCCCGCCUGGCAGUCAAGAAUGGCACCAUGCUGCAUCCCAGAAUGUUGGAGAUGUCCGUAUAUAUGACGCGCAGACUGGUCAAGCGCUUAACACAAUACAAGCUCACAAGUCUGCCAUCGGGUACCUAGCUUUGAAUGCAAGUGGAACUUUACUAGCGACAGCAUCCGAAAAGGGUACCAUUAUCCGUGUCUUCGAAGUUCCGGGAGGGAGUGGGAACCAACCUUUGUUUGAGUUCAGGAGAGGCACCAUGCCUGCAAGGAUUUAUCACAUGUCAUUCAACGCGACUUCGACAUUGCUGUGCGUGUCGUCAGCGUCAGAGACAGUGCAUAUAUUCAAGCUGGUCAAGCCAGUCAAAAGUGAUAGCAUGUCGCCUCCAACGUCUCCGAUAUCCACCCACAGGCGAACCCUUUCGUCAAGUUCGAGAGAAAGAAGCGAAAGCGUUAGCAGCGAAGAUGUAGCUGAUCCAAGUUUCGCAAGCGAAGACGCUCCUCCAUCGUUGGAGCGAAGAUCGAGCGGCUGGUCAGGAGCUAUUGCUAGCAAACUUCGACAAGCAAGUCAGUCGGUUGGUGCCGGUAUGGCCGCCCGAGUUGGGGGAUACUUGCCGCAGUCCGUCACUCAAGGCCUUGAGGCACAGCGCGACUUUGCUCACGUCAAGAUACCGCGUACGCAUGGCUCGAGUGGGAUAUUGAGAUCAAUCGUUGCAAUGAGCCCGAAUCAUCCCCAGCUCUUCGUAGUCACAAGUGAGGGUCAAUUUGGUGUAUACAAUAUCGACCUUGAGAACGGCGGUGAUGGAGUUUUGGAAAGGCAACACAGUAUUCUUGAUCCGCGUGGGACAAUGAUGUAUAACACUGACGACUAA